CAGAAAUCUCCCGAAGUCAACAUCUUCAACUCGUUUUUUUCUAAAAAGUUGACCUUAACAUAGCCCCGGCAAGCAACUAUCACUCCAAAUCUAAAGGUGAUACCAAAGAAAGAAAAAUGAAGGCAUCCAGUUCGUCCUUCGGGACCUCCUUUCAGAAAGGCGUCUGUACGAACGCCGUGCUGCGGCCGAUCGCAAGUUUGUUGAGUCUGCUCUUCGUCCUCGUCUUCUUCACGGCGUUGGCGUUUCUCACACGAAAUGCUUAUCCUUAAGGAACCUUGAACUUCAUCAUUCAUUACAUCAUAAAAUCAUGUGUAACUCCUGUAAAAAAAAUUUCCUUCAUGGAUCAUCAGGGGUGUUUGAAUCUCCUUUAUGAGUACUUACACGACCUACUUUAGAGAAAAGGAUUUCAUCAUUGGAAAGAAAUAUUUUUGACAUUGAUAACAUUUUCUGCUCUUCAACUUUGUGUUUGUUGCGUAGUACUAUGAUCGGUAGAAGUUGCUAGAAACUGGCUAAUGUCCAGACGCAGACUUCGAGCAGACACAGAGCGUCGACAUAUGGCGAGUGCGGGACCACCCGAUCAUUAUGGCUACUAAGACUAGUAAUAACGGCAUGAUUUUCCGUGAUAUCCUCGCAUCACAGUAAGCAUCACAGAAAAUACCCUCAGUACCUUCCUGGUAAAAGAAAGAACAAAUGAAAGCAAGUAUGCAUCAAAAUCAAUGAAAUGCUUCAGGUGCGAAGCACAUUAUUGAGGUGUGCAGUACGUUAGUGAGUCAGACAUGGUGGACGUUAGUGAUCGACGACAGUAUUUUUAGUCUUCAUGUUCUUGUUGAACAACUGACCAAAAAAGAGACCAAUUCUAAGACCCUGCAGAGAGACUUCGCGUUUCGAGCAGCGACCGCACGUUCUCGGCGUUGGCUCGAUGCAGACCAAAAAUUCGAAACAGAAAAGGAUCGAGUGGCUCGCAGGCUAUCGCGAGAUCCAGUUGCCGUCGAUCCAGCUGUGGCCUCUGCGCUUCUGGGCACUGACGGGGAGCCAGCGGCUUCCAAUGCCAUCGGUGGUUCCUCGCAAAUUGUCUACAAAACGAAAAGUGGAAGCAAGGUGCUGCUGUUUUGCUUAUAGUUGUACUGUUGUUUUACAACAUUUUAGAGGGCAUUUUUAGGGUCAUUUACGAGUAAAAACUUUGGGUGCUCAUGAAUUGCGGACACUGAUGAACUGCAAUUUUUGUCUACAAAGAGGUCUGGAUACAUCCGAACAUUACUUAGGUUUUCACUCCCGCGAACCUUCGUGCGAUUUGCCGACUAGAGAGACUCUGGCAUGAAUACCGUAACCUCCUCACCGAUGCCGACAAAUGGUACGAUUCAGUGUCACGACUUUCCCGAUACGUCCAAUUGUCGGCGAUAUACUUAAGGCUUUUUUUUUAUAACUGAGACAAGUGAGCAGUAAGGAAUUGUAGUUUUUUGUUGUUUUGACUGGAAUAAGUGAGUUCGAUUUAGUCUGAUUUUUAAAGACGAAAAUGAAUCAUGUGGUAUCUCCGCUACUUGCAGUCUUUCUGAAUUGUCUUGGUUUCCUUUUUCCAGUGACGACACCAAACAUGUUCCGCAAGAAAUACAAUUCCAUUCAUCCUAGAAAAGUUAUCCUAUAAUAAUCCAUCUAAUCUCUGGCGUGGACGCUUUUAUUGCUGCCUUGCAGGGUCACGUGAACAGUGGGAACUCGGUAUCGACUUUCAUCCCGACAGGAACUGCGAAAGCCGCACUGCGAGCAUUUCCUCCAUCCCAGUGCGAAGUCGCCAUGACAGAUGCACAAGCUGAUGCUUUGAUCGAUCUAGCGAUCUACCAAGAGUACAGAAGCGCUACCCCAACGUCUGGUGCAACGGGUAGUACAACAGGAACCUCUUCCUCAUCCUAUGGCUUCUUUCUCGAUCGGGGAUUUGCAGCGAGAGGUUACGCUACGCAGACACGCAGUGGGUUUAUUGGGGUGCACCAGAGUGUUACACGAGAUGAGGCAGGAGAAGCUUUGGACGCUUUGGCAGAACGGUUGGAUGAGAAACACUCGCUUUUUUCACCACGCUUUUUGGGAGCCAAUGUGGAUGGGGAGCAAGGUUAGUUUUUUUUCUAUGCACUCACAAUUAUACAAGGGAGGAACACUCAGCUUUUUAUAACUAUAUUGUUUCGAAGAUGCAAACACCCCAUAGCAAGUCCCGCUCUCGAAAUCCACAGACGAAGACGAAAAAGGCUCGUGGGCGGUGCUUCCCGGCACUGACGGCAAUGUCCUGGUUCGCGCUGUGGAUCGAAACUUGAAGGAGAUUGAAUGGCGCAUUUUCUUACGUCGCGAUCUGAUGGGACUGCCAAUCGCGCUCUUGCUCGUUUGGGCAGUUGUCUGCGGCAUUACUGGUGGGAGCACAUGGUGUGCAUCGAUUGUGAUUCUGUUUGUCUUAAGGCCGAAGAAGGUGUAGUUAAAGUUGUUCUUUUGUGGGUAAUUGGAAAUGGUUUUUUUUGCAGAUGACAAGAAGAUGAGUUAGUCAUACGCUAGCGCUACCUGUUUCUCAGAUUAGAUGGUCUCACUCCGAACUUGUGUCGCUUUCUUUUUCCCGAAGAGACUAGUCUUCACAGUAAAUAAGCUCAACUCUCCUGUGAUGCUCACUGUGAUUCGAUCAUAGCACGGAAUAUCAUGCACUACUUUUAUAGUUAUAGUUUUUUUUUUUGCUGUAUGAACAGACAAAUUACAAAAGGCUUCAAAAUAAAAGUGAUUUUGUUCGAAAAGAUUCCAGCAAAUCUUUGCUGGCCGUCGUGGUUUCUUCUCUAAUUCCCGGAUGCGGCGUUCUCUCUGGCUUUGUUGGAUACUUCCUGUUCGCGCGCUUAGCCUUCUUCGAGCUUUUUAUGUUGAACGUGAUGUUCGUCAUGCUAGCCGUCGGCGCCGACGACUUUUUCGUCAUGUUUGAAGCCGUGAAGCUGGAGCGCGCACGUGCAGCAGCCGACGCUCCUCAGGCUCUGGCUCGGGCUAAUGGAGGAGCUACUGGACUAGGAGCUCUUGAAGCAGUUGGAGACACGAUUAUGAGGAAUGGGGAUAACAAUGCACAAAAGAUGAAGCAAAUCGAAGCACCAUCUUCUCCACCGGGAACGAUCAUCUUGGCUCAAACAACAACUGCUACUACGACGACAACACCGCAACAAAUCGUUCCUGAGUCGGAAUCUGACUUAGUCCUCCCACCUGCGGUUGCCGAAACCCAGGAUGAGAAAGUGGUCGCUGCUUAUUUAGCUCUUUUUCGAGGUACCUCGCGAGCGUCAAGCAGUAUUCUAGAAACGAGUCUGACUACUGCGCUUGCCUUCUUCUCCAUGUUAACCUCCACCGUAAUUCCAGUGGCGCACUUUGGGGCUUUUGCUGGUCUCAUGAUCCUUGGCGCGUUUUUGUUCGGCGUGACCGCAUUUCCGUGUGUCAUCGGAGCUUACAUCCUGCACAUGGAAUCAAAACAAAACUGCUUCAGCUUGUGUGGUUGUUUCUUUUCUUCCAGUCAGAGUUCUCCUCGUGGCGGAGGCUUCUUAGCGCGUUUAGAAGGGAAAAAAGUCUUGGAUGAAGAGCGGCUCGUGUCGUUUGGCAGUAGUGUCACAGGUGCUCCGAUGUCACAGUCUACGGAACCAGGGAACGACAGUGGUAGCACAACGAAGAACAACUUGUUGCAGGACAUCGAAUUGGGCAGUAGCGGUCAUGGUAGACCAGUGAAGGCCUUGAUGAACGGGAGUGAGAUCGUAGAACCCAACAAGGUCUUAGGCAACGGCCUUCAGCACCAGCAACAACAACAACAACUACCUGUUACAACAUCUAGUACACAACAAGAAGAGCAAGAGUCUGACAAGCUACAACUUUUCCUAGCUCGUAUGUACGACUCCUUUAUCGCCAAACCGAUGUCCUUCGACUUGACCAAGACCACAAAAUUCACGAUCUAUCCAAUUGCAUCUGCCGUGAUUCUACUGUUCACGUCGUUGAGCAUUUGGUUAGCAGUGGAAGCAGGGAAACUAAAAUUAAGGCUCAAGAAGAUAAUUUAUAGUUGAUUCUCCACAUCAGAGUAUUUUUUGUCUCAGUUUUUUCCCUGGGGAGUCUGAGACUGUAAACGCAGAAUAUGAAAUACUAUCGUGAACUCCUCUAAUGAACGAACCGACUGAAGUAUUGGAGAUGUUACCAGAAAAGCAUAUGAUGGUCGGUCUAGAAGCCUAUUCGCGCAAAGCAUUCCUCUCUUCUGGUGCAGCGAGUGCGUGGCGAAAAAUGCACAUUGUUUGGGGAAUUGACCGAGAUUAUGGACAACUGUGAAUCUUGUGAAUUUGAUGACCUUAUGCAAAUUUGCCUAAUUUAAUUAUUUUCAAUAGAGUACUUACGACCACUAAGUACCUAGUAGUAUAAAAAGAAGUUGCCAAAAUGAACAGUUUCCACCUCUAAGCCUCCACACCGGUUAAAAACGAGGACACGUUGAGUCGUUGGACGCCAUGGGAGUGGAGUCCGAAUCCUAGCUACUAUCUGCAGAACAGUGGCGCGUCCCUUGUCGACAACAGCGGAACUUCGAUUACACACAAAUCUGUGACCGCACCUGAAUCAGUCCGUCACAUCUUGCGGGUUGGCGAGCGACUAGCCAACUUAUCGUGCGAUGGGAAAGCAGUGUGCGCGAACAAAGCGGCAGCAGCUGGGAAGUUGUUUGUUCCAGGAACCUUGACGUGCGGAAUCCGGGAUACGUUGCAUAGUAGUUCACUUGUGACGCCGAGAAGAGCACUUGAUGAGAAUGCUGGAGUACAACCACAGAACAAGCAGGAGAUGUCGCUGUUAUCCAAGAUCUUCUCCAGGCGCAAAACAUCUUCUGUGACCUCCUCCAGUUCCAAUCAAUGCAUGUCCCAAAAGUACUACAACGUUCCCACCACGGACCUCCUCAGUGACUCCUUCAACUACCGAUCAUCUCCACUAGUACGGAAUCCGUUCUUCCCAACUUCAUCCUCUUCAAGUGGAAGUCUUACUCCAGACAAAUUAGUUGCGGAAUCUUUCUACCGGUCUCAGAGAGUGUCUUGGGGUAAGAAAGCGCAUGAUGCGUCGGUAUUGUCCCCGUUUAUGCAUGGGGGACCACGUGGCGGAGCGAACGCGCAGGUGGAUUGGCAUGCCGUGGGCACCGUCGCCCAUCCUGGUUCCUCAGUUUACGCCGAUCGGGUCUUUGACUGGAAUGCAGGCUUCUGGCAACAAGCAGACUACCUAGUCUACUCUUUGAGUCUAGGCAUUCCUCUCCUGGGUGACCUGGGCGAAAGCUACGAGGAAGCGGACAGUCUCUAUCAUGCGGUAGAAGCUGUGUUGGAAGAGGAGAACGCUCGCGCACCGGCAACUCUGGGUCCAGCGAUGCAGCAAACGGACUACUUCUUCUACGUGAUCGCGAAGGAGUUGAAGACCACACUCUACGGGGGUCUAGCCUUGCUCUUCCCGAUUUGCUUCCUGUUGCUGCUGUUUGCUUCUAUGAAUGUCGUCACGGCGUUUUGGUCGAUUUUUACCGUCGCAGCAACGGUGUUUCAAGUUUUGGGUACGUUCAAUCUGAUGGGAUGGGAGUUGGGCAGCUUGGAAACGAUGGCCGGAAUUUUGGUGAUCGGCUUAGCAGUCGAUUACACCUUGCACUUCGCGCACGUCUACAUUAUGAAAAGGAAUACACUGAACAUGAUGUGAUUACUAGAUAAUGUAGCUAAAAAGAAAUGAUGAUAACGUGGCUAGAAUCAAUCCAGCAUGCUAAGUAACUCUAGGCAGAAUCAUAUGUUUCGUAGAAGAAGGGCACUGCAGCAUACGGCUCCCCAGUCUCCUCCAUCCCUAGUAUGUUAAACUUUUCCUCCAUCUAUCUAACACCACUGAAGCCGGCCGUCCACCUGUUGAGCCUCUUAUAGCUUAGUGUAUUUUCUCUAACACCACUGAAGCCGGACGUUCUCCUGUGAGCCUCCACUCGAGCGAACAGCGCGUACGAUAUGCACUGGCGCACAUGGGCAGCACGAUUUUUGCGGGUUUCGCUAGUAGUGCGGUUGCGGGGUUGUGUUUGCUCCUCUUCUGCAUGACGCCUCCGUUCAAUCGGGUCAGCGUGACGAUUUUUCUCACCGUGCUCUACGCAUUGAUCAUGAGUAUGGUUUACCUGCCCUGCAUCCUAAUCCAGCUGGGACCGACAGGAGAGAAGGGAGAACUACUACCAUUAUGGGAGAAGAUCAGAGGCAUCAAAAACGAAGAGGGUGCUGUAGAACAGCCAGGAGCGAUAAAGCAAGGGGAAAUAAUGUGAGAUCGCGGAAUUCCUACAAGGAAAUUAUACAUGUUCUGGGAGAAAGAUUCUUCUUAUGUUUUUUUUGCGGGCCGUCAUUUUUACAUUAUGCAGGCACGAGGAAUGCAUCGUUAGGCAUAGUUAACAUCUCAGGAUAGUAUCAAGUAAAGAGAUCCACAUAUCGUAAUAUGAGCGUGUCUUUGAAGGUUUUUCAAUAAUGAUAAAUUUUUUUUGGUGAAGUCGCUACUACAAUUGAAAGACAGUGUACAGUCCUUUUACAAGAAAUAUUUUAGAACUACAAGUCAACAUUGACGAUAAGAUUCUGCAAGCAACAUAACUGCUGGUUUUUCAUAAUGAUGUUUCAACGCAAAUCAAGAACACAUGGAUUAUCGCAUACUAGUUUUUUCAACAUCAGUCGACGAUGUCAGUUAGUUUUGCUUUUGCAACACAGCUGACAGACAUAAAAAGUUGUAUAGGCUGUCUGUACGAUGAGCCCAUAUUAACUUGAGUAGUUUUUUGCUUUCCUAGAAGAAUGUAGUCGAACGUGAGGUGCCCGCACAUAGAAAACUUGACAUAGAUGAUAGUUAUAAUUCAUAGCUGUAAAGAGUGUGUAAGGUGUGAAGAUUUUGCAGACCAAAACAUUUUCCAUGGAAAUCAUGUAAAGCUGAAGACUACUACUUUUGAAACAUGACCAUCACCAGUAUAUUUUUGAACAAAAAACGUUUUUGAUACAUCCGAAUAUUAUGGAAGUCACUGAAGACUGAUCCUCGUGCUCAGAACCUUCUUGUGGAAGUGUGAUCCAAAACAGCAGAACGAGUUUGCAUAGAUC